AUGUCAAGCAACGCACCCGGUUCCGAAUUCGAGCCACGUCAAACGUCGUCCACAUCAGACUACACUCCCAAUCCCUCCAAAUCACUGCCUUUAACGCCCCCGAGACAAGCCUUGGUAGACGAUAUCAUCGCUCUAUAUUCUUGCAAACCAACCAUCGAGCGCAUCAAACGCUACACGCCCGACUGUGUCUACGACGACCAGUUCGGCUACGCCAACAACCGAUACAAGGUAGCCGGACAAUGGUUUGCGCUCCCCAAAUUAUUUAGCUCGAGCGAGAACACGGGAUACGAACUCGUUCGAAAUGAUCGGGAAUUAAUCCAAUUUAAGAAUGAGCAAAAGUGGACAUUCCGGUUUCUUCCCAAUUCUGUCACCAUCAACGGACUUAUAUCUUUGAGUUUGGACCCCAAGACUGUGGACCACGAUUUCAUCCAGGUCAAGUAUCAUAAAGAUCAGGCCAAUGAGAAAGAUUAUAGUCAUCAGGGACUGGGGUUCAAUUUUAAGAAAUGGCAGGCAGAUCAUGUGGCACAGAGUAUUGACAAGGAGGAGGUCAAGUUCUUUGAGAAGGAUAACAUUGAUGUGAAUGAGAAGUAA